CUUUUCAAUACAGGGUGUUUCAAUACAGCAACGCGCAUUGCGAAGAAGCAGAGCGCUGCCAGGCCUUGUUGCAAUCGAUUAAGUUUGUUUUAAGUCCGCGAAGGCGCAGAGAUGUCGUCGUCGUCGAGUGGCAGCGGAGAUCCGAAGAAGAUGCGUCUGCUGUCGCUGACACUGUACCGCUGGAAGCCCGACCACCCGGUGGAGCUGUCGAGUCACUAUGACCUCUCCCACUUCCCCUUCUUCCAGCGCAAGACGGUGCAGGAGCACAUUCGGUUCCACAGCCGGCUGAUAUGCGCCCGCACGCCCGUCGGCCGCCGCCAGUCGGUGGAGUUCGAGCAGAACCUCGGCAACUGCCACGUGUACGUGCACCCAUCGGGCCUCGCAGCCGCCGUACUCACCAGCGCAGAGUACCCAAUGCGGGUGGCUUUCUCGAUGCUCAGCGAAGUCCUCAGGCUAUUCCAAGACGUAUGUAAGCACGGAGCGGAGAGCAUUUGUCGCUCUGCAUCGCACCCUACCAUUGUGGGAGAGAGGGAGGGAGGGAGGGAGGGGCAUGGCACGCACAGCAUAACACAAACACUGAUGAUUUUUCCAAUUUUCCUCGUGUGUUUUGUGUUGUGUUGUGUGCAGAAGUAUGGUGGUCAGUGGGAGAACACCGACGCCGACAGGUCCAUCGGCUUCACGGAGGGCGACGAGUACGUCAAGAAGUUCCAAAACCCCGCAGAGGCUGACAAACUCACCAAAGUGCAAAAGGACCUGGACGAGGUCAGUCAGCCACCGGUGGCAUGCCAUGCCAUCCACAUGGGGCAGGCAGCAGACAUUAAAACAAAACGACCGAUUGAUCAGCGCAUGUGCGUGUGUGUACGUGUGGGUGUAGGUGAAGGACGUGAUGCUCAAGUCCAUAGGUGAGAUGCGCUGCUCGUUAGCUACACACACACACACUCAUCCACAGACACACCAGACCCUUGUGUGUGACGUGACCUGGCGUGUGUGUUGUCGUCCGUCCAUUCAUUUAUCAGAGGAUUUGCUGCAGCGUGGCGAGACGCUCGAUUCGCUCAUGCAGAAGAGCACUGACCUCAGCCAGACGUCAUACCAAUUCUAUCGGACAGCCAAGAAGAACAACCAAUGCUGUCAGCUUUACUGACGGACGUUCUCUCUGCCCACCCCACCCCCUCACCUGACCCUCUACCUCUCUCUCUCUCUGCUUCUUGCUUGCUUGGCUUCUUUACGUGAUAAUUGACUGACUGUGCGUGCC